AUGUGUUUGAGUGAAGCUUAUGAAGCUAUCUCAAAAGAACCUGAGCUGGAUUCCAGGACCUACGAUGAGGUGGUUAAUGAUGUGUAUGCGGACUUGUACAUGGUCAUCAAAUAUCAAUCAAAUCCUGGACCACCACAUUGGGUAGAGGUUAAGCAUAUACUCAAGUAUCUGAGGAGAAUGAAGGAUUAUAUGCUAGUUUACCAUAAUGAGGAUUUGACAACUACUGGUUAUACAAAUUCUGAGUUCCAGUCAUAUCAUGAUUCCCAAAGAUCUAACUUAAGGUAUGUCUUUAGCUUGGGUGGUGGAACCAUUAGUUGGAGAAGUGUUAAGCAAUCUUGCAUUGUUGAUUCCACCAUGAAAGCUGAAUAUGUUGUUGCUUGUGAAAUGGAAAAGGAAGCUGUUUGGCCCAGGAAGUUCUUGAUGGAUCUUGGUGUUAUGAGGAUGGAGCAAAUUCCUAUUACAUUGUUUUGUGACAAUAGUGGAGCGUUGCACAAUCUAAGGAACUGA